AUGUUCGACCUCGAAUGCUGCGUCCGUCUCCGUGAAUUCCGACCAAAGGAUGACCUCAACAGAAUCCUCGCUUUAUACCACGACACUCGCGUUGCCCCUCUCAUAACCGAGCAAUUCAUCGUCCCGCGCGGCGAGAGGCUGAAAGACCAGUACAAGGAGAUCAUCGCCAACAGCGCCGAGAUGUUCUGCAUUAUCGAGACCAUCCCCAAGAAGACAGCGUUUACCCUAGCUCCUGAAGGAGACACUCCGCAGGAGAAACCGGCAGAGAAACUGGUCAAGGAUGAACCCGAAUUCGUUGGCUUCACGGCGCUGUGGCAAUUUCCAGAGCGUGGCCAUCGACUAUCGACUUUCUCCCUCGUCUUACGGCCCGAGUUCUGGAACAAGGGGUAUGGAACCCAGAUUACGAAGUUCGUGGUCGACCACGCGUUCCUGUACCUGAAUAUGCAUCGUAUAGGGUUGGAGGUCUAUGAGGGGAAUGAGCGAGCGAUGGCUGUAUACAGAAAGAUAGGCUUUGUUGAUGAAGGCCGUCAACGAAAGACGCGGUGGGUUGACGGAGGGUGGAAAGACACGUUUCAUAUGGGUAUUUUGGUGGACGAUUGGAAGCAAACCCGAGAAAAUUUGCUUCAAAAUUAG